UCGCCGUCCCACCUGCCCCUGCGCUCCGUGCCACGUACGGGCGGCGGCGGCGGCGGCGGCGGGGCCUGCGGCGGCGGCACCGCGGAGAAGCCAGAGGUCCUGUUUUCAGCCACUGGCAGUGCAUGGCGGCUUAUCCUGAUUCUGUCCUGAAGUGAGGUGGGAAAACUGUCCAAUAAUCUGCCAUCAUUAAGACAGACAAGGUCUGCAGGUGAUAAGGAAUCCAACAUGAAUGGGCAGCUGGACUUAAGUGGGAAGCUGAUAAUCAAAGCUCAGCUUGGGGAAGAUAUUAGAAGAAUUCCUAUUCAUAAUGAAGAUAUCACCUAUGAUGAAUUGGUGCUUAUGAUGCAAAGAGUUUUUAGAGGAAAGCUUCUGAGCAAUGAUGAAGUCACAAUAAAAUACAAAGAUGAAGAUGGAGAUCUUAUAACAAUUUUUGAUAGCUCAGAUCUUUCCUUUGCAAUUCAAUGCAGUAGGAUACUCAAGCUGACAUUGUUUGUGAAUGGACAACCAAGACCCCUAGAAUCUAAUCAGGUGAAAUACCUGCGUCGAGAGCUGAUAGAACUUCGCAACAAAGUCAAUCGUUUAUUGGACUGUUUAGAACCACCAGCUGAACCAGGGCUUUCCAGUAACCUGCCUGAAAGUGAUGCUGUAGAUGGUAGGGAAGAAAAGCCUGCUGCUGCUGACGCUAAUGUUAAGCCAUCUACUCAAGUAAUAGCAGCAAGCAUGUCUGCAUUUGAUCCACUAAAGAACCAGGAUGAAAUCAGCAAGAAUGUCAUGUCAGCAUUUGGCUUGACAGAUGAUCAGGUGUCAGGACCACCCAGUGCCCCUGCAGAAGAGCGAUCGGGAACGCCGGACAGCAUCGCUUCCUCCUCUUCUGCAGCCCACCCCCCUGGUGUUCAGGCACAGCAGCCACCAUACCCUGCCACACAGCCACAGACUGGUCAGGUGGAAGGUCAGAUGUAUCAACAGUACCCACAGCCUGGUUACCCUGGCCAGCAGCCGCAGGCUCAGCCUCAGCAGCAGUACGGUAUGCAGUACCCAGGUUACAGCCAGCAGCAAACCCCCUCGCAGCAAGCCCAGCAGUUCCCGGCCUACAGCCAGCCGGCGGCCCCUGCCCCGGCCCCCGCCGCCGCCACCUACCCCGGGCAGCCGCAGCAGCUGCCGCCGGGGCAGCAGCCGCCGCAGUACGCGGGGGGCAGCUACGCCCCGCAGCCCUACACCACGCAGGCCUCCCAGCCCGCGCCCUACAGCGGCCCCCCCGCCUCCCAGGCGGCGCCCGGCACCUACCAGCCGAGGGCCGGCUUCACCCCCCCGCCCGGCACCACCAUGACCCCCCCGCCCGCCGGGCCCAACCCCUACGCCCGCAGCCGGCCUCCCUUCCCCCAGGGCUACACCCAGCCCGGACCUGGCUACCGGUAAGGGGGUGCUGCCCCGCCCCUGCCACCCGCGCGAACGAGUCCAUCCCAAAACAGACUCCAGGAUUUUUAACCGAGAUUCCAAAACUGUAAUGAGGCAGAACUAUAGCUGUUAAUUAAAUUCUUGCAGGGGGGAGGGGAAAGACCAAAGAAAUCUUUCCCGCUUUCAAUUGUAUUCGCUUCCUAGUUUAAUUUGGGGCUGGGUUGUUUUUGGGAAACACUACCUAAAUGUCUGUAAAGUGAUUGUAUCCUUCGAACAAGGCAAGCCAGAAUGUCAAAGAUGCUAGUUGGAAGUUUAGCCCAUUUAUCAGGCUUGUUUUUACUAAUACCAUGAUGUACUAAGUUAGAUUCAUUCUGGAGGUAAAACUAGAUAUGAUGUGUUAUAAAUUGUAAUGCUCACAUGGAAAACUAAUAAAAACCCUGAAUCUAC